CAUCGACGGUGAGCUUUCUGGACUCGAUUACUCAGCACUCACGGCACAACUUUGUGUUAAAAUGGCGACGGAAGCGUCGAGACAGCUGCGUUGAGGAGUCACGCAGGCGGUUCAGGGAGGGGAUGGUGGUUCAGCAGAAACUCAGCAUCAUCAUCAUCAUCAUGGACCGCCCCGGCCAUCGGCAGCCACCUGCCACCCACCUGUAGCAUCACCCGGCGGCAGCAUGGCGAACACGACCCCCCCCGGUACCCAGGACCGGAGAGACAGCCACUGUGGUGGGUCUGGAGGAGCUAUCGUGGAGAACGGCUGUGAAGUGAAAGACCCGUCUGACCUCCACGAUCACAUGAACCAUCGCUGCCAUGUUCCCAGCAUGCACAGCGAGCCCGUCGUUCCCACCUACACACCGACCUGCUCCUCCACCCCGAUCUACUACAGCAGCCCCCAGAAGAGCUGCUCAGACCUGAACCAGGACUGCCACAGCUUGUCCUCUCAGGACUCAGGGAUCCCGACUCUGGAGAUCAACCCUCCGGAGGCGAUCCUCCACGGCCACCGUCGCCUGGGAGACGGCGGCCUCAUUCUGGACUCCACCCACGACUCGCCUGCCACUCUAGCUUUGCACGAUGAUCCCUCGGACGGCAGCGCCAUCCGCAAAUCCUCCACCUUCCCUCGCAGCGGGUACGACUCCGUCCGCCUCUUUAGCCCCGCCCUCAGGUUGUCCACCACUACAGGGAUGAGCGUCGGGGGCGGAGCCUUGAACCGCAGCGACGACAUCUCCGUGUGCAGCGUGUCGAGCAUGAGCACCGAGCUCUCUGUGUCCAAUGAAGACAUCUUGGAUUUCACCGUCACCUCGGACUCCAGCGCCAUCGUUACCUUGGAGACGGACGUCAGCAACGACGCUCACUUCUCGGACGUGACGCUGUCAUCAUCACCCAGAGACUUAUGGAGCCCGGGUUCAGAACAGGAAGGGGACGGCAGGCUGAAGAAACUGGGAACUCUGGCGAGCUUAUUCAACAGGAGCCUGUUUGCCAGGAGGGUGAAGGACAGUCGGCCGGUGGAGCCGAGGGAUCCCGGCUGGAAGCUGUUUGGAAAAGUCCCACUGCGGGAAACUCCCACCAAAGACCACAAGAGAAUACAAACGGAAUAUGAAACAAAGAGUGGCAGAGCUGGACCCGUCAACCCGACGUCUCCCAGGAAGAGCGUGAGGAAAAACCUGGACUUUGAGCCCCUCUCCACCACCGCACUGAUACUGGAGGACAGACCUGCUAAUCUGCCUGCGAAGCCCGCCGAGGAGGCCCAGAAACACAGACAGCAGUAUGAAGAGAUGGUGGCCCAGGCCAAGAAGAGAGAGCUGAAGGAGGCUCAGAAGAGAAAGAAGCAGCUCGAGGAUCGCUGUAAACUGGAGGAGAGCAUAGGCACAGCCGCCCAGAUCUGGAACCAGGAGAUCUUACCCAACUGGAGUACAAUGUGUACGUCUCGACGGGUCAGAGACCUCUGGUGGCAGGGCAUCCCCCCCAGUGUCAGAGGGAAGGUGUGGAGCCUGGCUGUGGGCAACGAGCUCAACAUCACACACGAGCUGUACAGCAUCUGUCUGGCCCGGGCGAGAGAGAAGUGGAAGAGCAUGCCAACAGCGGCCUCGGAGAUGGAAACUGAAGAUGCUGGUUCAUCAGAUCGUGAGUCGAGUCUAGAGCUGAUCAAGUUGGACAUCUCCAGAACUUUCCCACAUCUGUGUAUCUUCCAGCAGGGCGGGCCAUAUCAUGACGUGCUGCACAGCAUUCUGGGAGCGUACACGUGUUACCGGCCGGACGUCGGCUAUGUGCAGGGAAUGUCGUUCAUCGCAGCCGUUCUGAUCCUGAAUCUGGACACAGCCGACGCCUUCAUAGCUUUUGCCAACCUGCUCAACAAGCCGUGUCAGAUGGCCUUCUUCAGAGUGGACCACAGCCUUAUGUUGACUUACUUCUCUGCGUUUGAAGUGUUCUUUGAAGAAAACCUACCAAAGCUCUUUGCACAUUUCAAGAAAAACAACUUGACCCCUGAUAUUUAUUUAAUCGACUGGAUCUUCACUCUGUACAGUAAGUCUCUGCCGUUGGACCUGGCGUGUCGGGUGUGGGACGUGUUCUGCAGAGACAGCGAGGAGUUCCUGUUCCGCACGGCGCUCGGCCUGCUGCGUCUCUACCAGGACGUCCUCACCUGCAUGGACUUCAUCCACAUGGCCCAGUUCCUCACCCGCCUGCCCGACCUCAUCCCCGCCGAGCAGCUCUUCCAGCACAUCGCCUCCAUCCACAUGACCAGCCGAAACAGGAAGUGGGGGCAGGUCCUGCAGGCGUUGCAGAAGGAUCCGGAGCGGUGCAGCCCGGUGCUGAAGCGCUGAGCGGAGAUCAGAGCAGAACCGCCGCGCACUCACUAAACGGACUCUACCAGAAAAAAACAAAACUUAACCAGGUUAGACGAGCCUGAGAGACGCUCUCUGCUCUCACUGGAACCUUGACCCUGAAGCAGAGCGGGGGGUCUGACUGUCAGUGACGAGGGAGGGGGGUGUGAAAAGGAAUACGAGGCCUUAUUUAUCUCCCAACACCCCCCCCCCCCCCGCUCUCUGCUCAGACGCCCAGCAGAGGAGCUGAAGUGUAGCUGGAGGAGGAAGAAGAAUGUAACACACACUCCCCCCCCCCCCCCCCACACACACACACACACACACACACACACACGCACCUUUCAGGGUGGAAACUAACAUCCCUGACACGGGUUUUCAAAAUCUUUGCAUACAACACACUUCUCACUACACUUGCACUCACUUUUUCUCUCUUAAUUUGGCGGUUUGUACGCCAAAAUAAAAAGUCUAAACGUGAGCCCCGAUCUCUAAAGAGUACGAGUCACAGGCUGCAGGACUUCAUCUGCUGAGUCUGAUCCAAGAAGGAAGGUGGAAAAGUGAAACCUCAGUUUGUCUCUGUGUGUCCGUGCGUCUCCAUUGUCUUUCUUUCUGCACCUGUUUCCUCUCCGAACUCGUCAUUCCUUCAACAUGUUAAUUGCUUUUUGGUCUCUGUGUGCUUUCCAGUCCGUGCAGACACGUUUUCUUGAACUGAACCAUGAAGUUGUAAAUGGAGGUAAAAAUCCCUCAAACUGCACAUUUCCUUCUCUUGAAGACACCACGUUGUUACAUUAAAUUCAAACCCUCUAAGAAGAGGGGAGAAGCUGCCUGUAAAAUGUCUCCUGCAGAAUAUUUACGUCACUGAAACUGGAGUUAAUAAUCACCUGUUGCUUGUCGUUUCUGUUUGUGCUUCAUCUCAGCGUGUUGGCGUGUGAUGUCUUUUAAACUUUGUGUUUAUUUAAUAUUUAUCGAGCAGGACGUGAUCCGGCCUCAUGAAGGCUUGAUUAAAACAACAUGUAGGCGUAGAUGAAAGGAUGCAGAGUUACUCCUGUGCUUAGACUUUGAAUCCUUCAGGUACACGGCUGUCAGCUAGAGGCCCAAUAACUUUGGACUGUGUUCACUUAACGAUACUCACAGGACUAAGAAUGCUGUUUUGGCGAUGUGAGGAUCUAGUAGGCGGAUCGUACUCGCCUGUAAAGACGACUAUCACUGGAUUAGACACCAAAAAAAAACAUGAUGAAUCAUAGUGAGUAAUUAUGGAUAUCUACCCCUGAAGUUCAGGUCACAAUGAGUCUAAAUCAAAGGAUAUGAAUAAUGAGUGGAUGCAGCCACCCUCACUGGAUCCUGGACUAUCAUUUGAAGCAUCAAGUUUGCCUUUUUCUGAUCUUGGAGCCAGUAGGGACCAUAUUUGGACGAGAGGAGCUAGGAGGUGUUAGCUAAUGCUAAGCUGCCAGCCAACAUAAGCAGCAGCCCGGUUAGCAUUAGCAAGGUGUAAAAAGAGGUGUUAAUCAACAUGAACAGCUGCUGUUUUUUUCAGGUCGCUGUUAUCACUGCGUCCUAACAGCAUGCAACGCCGGAGAGCGUCGGCGUCCAAAUCAGCUUGAUUCAAUCGUUUUUCUAUUUGAGUGUCCUGACUGCCCGGGAGCUAUGCGCCUUUUUUUUUUUUUUUUUUUUUUUGACCCUGUUUCUGUUUUCCUUUCUGUCUCUUGAGUGGACAUGGAAGAGGAACAAAGUGGAGAUAUCCACAUCAACAGUGAAGGCAGCCGAGUGAUGAUGGUGUUGAGAAGCAGCCAAACAACAAAACUCUGCUGAAGUUUCUAGACCUGGAUCGUGCACCGUUUCUCUUCAUCUCACCUCAAAGUGUGAAAACCACGGAGCAGAGAGGAGGUGACACUGAAAGCGGGGAAGUAGUAAACGAUGUUCAAUCAGACAGUGAAUCAGCUGAAUUAUAAUCACGUCUCUCGAUAAUCAGAAAUGCGAAUCAUUCCUUUGUUGUUGUUUCUUAAAGUGUGAGGGUUUGCUGCUUUCUUUGUCCUACGUGGCCUCAUGAUGUUUGGGGUGUUGGAGAGCUGGUUUUGACAUCAUCAUCCAGUGAUAUUUUGGUUGUAGUUGUUGUUGUUGGUCAGAGGGUGUAACCUUGCUAACUCUGAGGUUAUCUCUAUCUGGCUGCUUUCACCAUGUGGUUUAAAUAUGUCACCGUCCUCCUGACCACCCCUGGGUGAGGACUGUCUAUACACUUCUACCAAGGUGACAUUUCACAACCAGCAUCAUUAUGGGAUAAAGGGUCGUUCUGUUAUUUAUAAGGUCUAAUUUAAUAAUAAUUUAACCACCUGUUACGCUUCUGGGCCAGAUCGAAGUACGUCACAUUGAAGUUCUCAUUUUACUCACUGAUCGACUUUGUUACUCUAAGUGUCUGACAACAUCACAGGAAGGAUCCAAACAGAGAGGAGACUUUAUUUAAAGGAGAAAGACAACAGUUACACCUCUCUCUCUCUUCAAAACCACCAGACUCCGUUGACAAAUAUCGUUAUUUUACCCGCAGAACUUAAAUGUUUGUAUUUUGUUUUAUUGUGCGUCACACAGAUAUUGCCUGAGGGUUUAGCUCAUCCAUGUCACACAAAAAAAUACUUGUCCUGAAUUGUUGUUAGCAUGCUAAUGUUAGCGCUCUUUAGUUAGCUCGUAGCUUCACAUUACAUGUAAACUGCCACAGAAUGAGCGUGAUCUAAAAACUCUUACUAACAUCCAAAUAAUCAGUGAACAUGACAUGAUCAUGUUCUUCUUCUUCUCUCUAGUUCUUGACUAAAACAGCUUUUAUACACAAGGGGAGGAGCCGGCCGUCCUGUCCAUGUAAACACGGCUCUGACAACAACACAGCCAGCGGGACUCGAGCUUCUCCCUCAUUGUAGACAGUCAUGACUCAGAGACACAUUUACACAGGAGAGACUGGAUUUAUGAUUUAUUUAUGUGUAAAAUGCCUCACAUUCUUGGUGGCUUUGACAAGAGACGUGUAGCUGUUGUUUCCUGUUUUAAUGAAAAGGAUGAUCCCCUUUAAAAAGGUCUUAUCUCUGCAGUGAUCCUUCCUAUCAUGUCAGACUUUUAAAAAGCCCUCGUGACAAAAACAAGCUCUUCAAGUUGCUCUUCAAUGUUUGAUGGUGCACAUUUUGUUUCCAAGAUGACGUUGCAGGCAUUCUCUCUGCCCACAGAAGCAACAUUUAAGCCCCAAAAUGUGCAUGAAGGAGAAGGCUUAAAAAUACCAGACAUCCCCUUUAACAUGGGCUACAAUGCAGCGUUGCACUUUUGCCUUUUUUUUUUGCACAGAUCUAUCCAUCAACUGAAGGUCGGGCCGUUUUGCAGACUGUCUUGACACUUCCUUUUGUUCCCUGUGAUAUGAGAGCCGUGUAUUUUGUUCUGCUACCUUUUGUCCCGUCUGAGGCUAAAUUCAAGUAACGCCUAAAACAGGAAGCGCCUUUUCUGUAAUAAAUCAUCACCUCAGCUGAGCGUGUUUCAGUGUCUGCAUCGUCUCUGCACCGUGCUGCAGACUUUCUGAUCCCCUCCCCCUGUGUGGUGAUGCACCACAGGACUGCAAUAAAGCUUUUUGCACAUUCAUGUAAGCCUUUGAGUUGUGCCUCGCAUCAUCACUGUAUGUCAUCGCUCGCAGGUUUCAACGGGUCGUUUUUCAUCCUUUCUUCUUUUUGACCAGCUGACAGUAGAAGCUGGAUGGUGUGUGUUGUAUGUGUGUGCGUGAGAUCUCUUGAGUUACGAGUUAGUUGUUACAUAAAAAGCUGGCCUGUGUAUGAAUCGACCCGACACUACUGCAUCCUUUCACAGAACACACACUGGAAAACACUGGACGACCCACACACACACACACACACGACUCAGUGACUCUGAAUCUGAAGGUGUUUUCUGAUUUUCUGUACAUUUCUUGGUUUCUGUUUGUUCUUUCCAUCGUCUGUUUUGUGUUCCCUGAAGAGACCCGUUAACUGUAGAGGACUGAUAGACCAACAUGGAGACCGCAGAGGGGGGGUCACCAUGCAGCUGUAUGUCACUUGAAAUGUAUAUAAACGACGGUUUUAUUAAAAUAAAGACAUGUACAUAUUCAACA